GUUGUUAGCGUAAACCAACCGAGUGCUGCUGCUGCGCUGAACUAGCAAACAGCAGUGUGACAGACGGGCAGGUUUUGUAAGUGACAUAUAGUUUUCUACAACAUUUUUGGAGGGUUCCUGAAUCAGGCUGCAGCCCGGUCGAUGCGAGCCAUCCUCGCCCCUCUCGGUCGCUUCGCAGUUUUCGCUUCUCCAAACAUGGACCAAGACAACAAAUCAGAGGAUGAGUCAGCUGGCCUGUCAGAGAAUCCUCCAGAGGAGGAUCCACCUUGUAUAGCUCCAGGAAUGGCGGACGGCGAAACGUUGGAGAUGCUCUGGCAGUUCCGAGCCCAGCGGCGGCAGUCCGCCCCUGAGCUCCCGGAGACGGUGACCCGUCUUAACGCCCCCGACGGCAGCGUCCUGUACUUGGUGGGGACCGCCCAUUUCAGCGACAACAGCAAAAGUGAUGUGGCGACGACCAUCCGCGCUGUGCAGCCAGACGUGGUGGUUGUGGAGCUUUGCCAGUACAGGGUGUCGAUGUUGAGGAUGGACGAGAACACGCUGCUGAAGGAAGCCAAAGACAUCAACCUGGAGAAGGUUCAGCAAGCCAUCAAGCAGAAUGGGCUCAUGUCCGGCCUGAUGCAGAUUCUGCUGCUCAAGGUUUCCGCUCACAUCACGGAGCAGCUGGGAAUGGCACCUGGAGGAGAAUUUCGGGAGGCCUUUAAAGAAGCGGGGCGAGUUCCCUUCUGUAAAUUUCACCUUGGGGACCGGCCAAUCCCUGUGACGUUCAAGAGGGCCAUAGCUGCUCUCAGUAUGUGGCAGAAGGCCCGUCUGGCCUGGGGUCUUUGCUUCUUGUCAGAUCCAAUCAGUAAAGAGGACGUAGAGAAGUGCAAGCAGAAGGACUUGCUGGAGCAAACCAUGUCGGAGAUGAUUGGCGAGUUUCCGGCUCUCCAUCAAACCAUCGUGGCUGAAAGGGACGUCUACCUCACACACACGCUCCGCCAGGCAACACGCUGUGUGGAGUCGCCAUCCAAUGGCCAGAAAGUGCCUGCUGUGGUGGUUGGAGUGGUAGGAAUGGGUCAUGUUCCAGGUAUUGAGCAAAACUGGGAGAAGGAGCUCAACAUUCAAGAAAUCAUGACUGUCGCGCCGCCCUCACGGCUCAGCUGGGUGUUGCGCACUAUUGUAAAGGGCGUCCUGUUGGGAAUGCUGGGAUAUGCAUGUUACCGCGCAGGAGGAGGCUUGGGUCGUACCCUGUUGUCUUUGCCAGCAGUCCAGUCUUUACUGGGGACACUUCGACUUCAUCCCGCCUGACCCUACUGGACCUUUCCUAAGCCUUCUCUGACUGGAGCUUUGAUUUAUUAAAGUAAUGCAUCUGUCACCAACGGCCUUAAAACCAGGAGGUGAGGCUGGACGAAUGGGUGCACCACCUCACACCUGGGAACUGACGAGGACCUCACUGAGGUCAAAAACCUCUUCACCUCCUAUUGAUGUCUCUAUAGAGACGGUGGGACUGUACUGCCAAAGAAACCCAAAACUGUACCCUAACCAUGUAUUUUUUUUUUCAUUUUAAUUUGGCAUAAAUUGCCUCCUAGUAGAAUAAUUGCUUUCCCCAUUUUUUUUUCUGAAAGUUACUUACAGAAUUUACUUUGCUAAUCAUCCUUGGAAUCAAAUGAGUCAUUUCCCCCAGAUAUGAUAUACUAUUUUCUUGAAAGAAGCCAUUUUCUGAAAAGCGAACAGAUUGUUGGUAAAUUGUCCAGCACUUUAAAAGUAAGAAGGAAGUAACUUAUAGUGAUAUUUGCUGUAGAUGUAAACAAAUUAGGUUAUGGUAAUUGCGUCUGAGCUAUAAAGUUGAUACAUUUAUAUAAUUUUUAAAAAUGUAUAUAUUUAAAAAAAUCUUUGCAUGGUGCUCAUCUCUCACAUUCAGGAAAUAGCAGAAGAAACUUUGUGAUUGCUCUGUGCUCCAAACAGCCAAGUGCCUCAUGUUUCAGCUGGAAGGGCUCAUUUUUGUUAGCUUCAUCUAACAAAUGUUUAGUGCAAUUUUCAAAGGUUUUGACAACUUAUGCAUACAAUAGUAUUUUAGAAAGGACAUAAAGUUAAUGUUGACUUUUAAAAUGUUACCAAGACUGUAACCUUUUACAGAGACACUGAUGCUCAGGGGGCCUAAUGCUGCCUCGCAUACCGUUGGGGUGAAAACAUCCUUGUUAUUAUAUAUGUCUAAUAUGAGGUACCUAACUUUGUUUUAAGUUUCUUAUACAACACAAAUUGAAUUCUAUAGGGAAAAACACGCUUUUAGGCAGUUGACAGUCAGUGCUUCGGCUGUCGUAAUACAUGCAUUCAUAUUUAUUGUAAAAUCAGGAAACCAGAUGGAAGGAGAAUGGAAGUUGCUUCUUUUCCCCUCAGAUUAAAGCGGGACCAUCAUGGUUUGUAUAUUUAUGAAUCUGUUUAUUUGGGAUGCUAACAAAAUCUUGGUGGUAUGGGGGAAAUUUAGCCUUACUUUAUUACUGCUGCCUUUGACCCUCUAAUUGCCUCCUCUGCUAAAGCCUAUCACCAACCCAUUUUUAUCCAUAGUAUAUUCUGUUACGGCAUGUAUAAUAAAAAAAAAGAUCACCCUGGAGCAAAACGGGGAUGUCAAACUAUUGUACAGUAGUUUCUACAAACAUAACUGCAUGAUUUCACGUCUAUCAUCGAUACCCAGGUAAUUUGAAGUGAUUUUUGUACAGUAUUUUUAGUUACUGUAAAUCAAAGCGACGAAUGUGAAAGGAGCUGCAUCAUUUAUUUUAACAUGUAAACGGGUCCAAUGAAUUUAUACAGAAUGUGAUGUUUUGUUUUUUGUUUUUGAAAAAAAAAAAGCAUAAUUAAAACCAGUGCCAGCUAUUGAUAAUCCGAGUUUAUUCUAAUAACUUGUCUUCCAAUUGAUAAAAUGUUUUGGAUAAAUAAACUGAAGGUCAGUUGCAAGUCAGCUACUGUUUUUCUAGCUUGCUUUAUCCCACAAAAAAUAUACUUUUGACUGCGAAUUCCCAAACACAGAGCAUGAAUGGCUGUAUUUGUUGUAACUUGUUUUGUCACUGUAAAGGUACCAAACACUGAGUCUUCUAUAUAAAAAAAGAGUAAAGGUGAACUAUAUUUGA